AUGUUGCAGCGGUACAUUUUUAACAGAAUCCUCAAACAGUUUCAUUCGGGGUUUCAAGAACCCACCAGAAGUCUGCUGUCUGGGUUUCCCACUGCGCUGCGGGGCGGACACGGAGCUGCUUGGCACAGGAGCAAAUCAACUCAUCCAGAUGUGAGGGAGCGGACUCUUAUAGCUGUGAAGCCAGAUGGAGUUCAGCGUCGCCUCGUGGGACAAAUCAUUCAGCGGUUUGAGCAGCGCGGCUUCAAGUUGGUCGGCCUGAAGAUGCUGCAGGUGUCUGAGGAUCUGCUGUCUCAGCACUACUGUCAGCUGACGUCGAAGCCUUUCUAUCGCAAUCUGGUGGAUUACAUGACCUCAGGGCCAGUGGUCGUCAUGGUAUGGGAGGGUGACAACGUAGUGCAGUCAACCCGUACGAUGGUGGGACCCACGAAUCCAGCUGCAGCUCAGGCAGGAACAGUCAGAGGAGACUUCAGCCUCCAUGUCAGCAGGAAUGUGGUUCACGCCAGCGACUCACUGGAAGGAGCUCAGAGGGAGAUCCAGCUGUGGUUUCAAGGAAAAGACCUCCUGAACUGGGACUGCUACGACCAGAACCUCACGAUGGAGGAGUGAGGAUGCUGACGGUAGGAGGCAGUGAGAGUCAGUGAUACCACCUCUCCUCCGGCUCGUCUCUUCCGACACAGCGACUGGAAAAGAAGAGGAGCCACAUCAGUGUUCCUUCUACAUAAUUUACCUCAUUAAAUGCACUUAUCAAAAGAUUUUUGUUCAAUCAAAUGUGAAAUUUCAGAAUUUAAACUACAUGAGCAACUACACGCACAAAUAUGAAGGUGGUAGCAUCUUUUUAAAUCUAUUAUUACCUGAACUUAAAAUUGACUUUAUGUUCAACCAAACCUAAAACACAGGAUAUUGGUUUUAGAAAUUCCUAUCGUUCAUGUUGUGAG